UUUUUGAACCCGCUACAAUAUAUAUACAAGAAGUUCCCUCAUUUUAGGGUUUUUGAAAGGGUUUAAGCGUUUCUUCUCCUAUGGCAUUCAGCGAUAAGCAAAAGCAAGAAGAAGAAGAAGAACCGCACAGAAUGGAAGAAGACGACGACGAAAGCGAAGAAGAAGAAGAAGAAGAAGAAGAAGAAGAAGAAGAAGAAGAAGAAGAAGUGUGGGACGAUUGGGAAGGAGAAGACGAAGGAGAGAGAGAAUCUGAAUUCGUGUGUCUAUUCUGUGACUCCCGGUACAGUUCGUGCGGUUCCUUGUUCGACCACUGCGCCUCCCUUCACCGCUUUGAUUUCCACACGAUCAGAACAACUCUCAGCUUGGAUUUCUAUGCCUCCUUCAAGCUCAUUAACUUCAUCCGCUCUCGGGUGGCAGAGAACAUAUGUUGGAGUUGUGGAUUAACAUGCCAGUCCAACUGUGACCUUCAGAAUCAUUUGCAUGAUGUAGUUGACUUUAAUGAGAUAAAGACUUUGUGGAAUGAUGAUAGGUAUCUGAUACCUUUCAUGCAAGAUGAUUCACUGUUGUACAGUUUUGGUGAUUGUGACGAAGACGGGGAAGAUGAACAUAUUACUCGAAUUGAUGAAGAUCUUAUAAAGGAUCUAAUGAACAUUGAAGAGAGUAUCCAUGACGAUCAAGAUCUUGUGAAAAAAGUGGUAGUUGAUGAUGACAAACAUGAGAUUGAUUCUGUCUCUAAUAAUCAUUUGAACAAGGCUAGUUCUUCAAAGAAACUUAUUAAUGGUAAGGACUCAAAAGGACAUGUUUUGUGCAGUGAUAAGGAUCCAGAAGGACAUUUGAUGGUUAAUUCUCAAAAUCACAUUGCAAAGCAUAUUAAGAAGAUCAAUGAAAGUUAUUUUGGGUCUUACAGUUCAUUUGGUAUCCAUCGAGAGAUGUUAAGUGAUAAGGUGAGAAUGGAUGCUUAUGGCCAAGCGAUUUUGAAGAAUCCCUCUCUACUAAAUAGUGCUGUGGUUAUGGAUGUAGGUUGUGGAACUGGAAUUCUCAGCCUAUUUUCAGCAAAAGCUGGUGCUUCAAGGGUUAUUGCAGUUGAGGCUAGUGCCAAGAUGGCAGCAGUAGCAUCUCAGGUUGCAAAAGAUAAUGGUCUUUUGCUGAGUAAAAGCCAAAAUGGAGUUGAUGGCCUCCAAAAGGGAGUCAUAGAAGUGGUUCAUGGUAUGGUUGAAGAGAUUGAUAAAACAGUUGAACUUCAACCUCGCAGUGUUGAUGUAUUGCUAAGUGAAUGGAUGGGAUAUUGCCUGCUGUAUGAAUCCAUGCUUGGUUCAGUGCUUUAUGCACGAGACCGGUGGUUGAAGCCUGGUGGUGCCAUUCUUCCUGAUACAGCAACUAUUUUUGUUGCAGGAUUUGGAAAAGGAGCCACAAGUCUUCCUUUUUGGGAAAAUGUGUGUGAUUUCGACAUGUCUUGCAUUGGGAAUGAGCUUGUCAUAGAUGCUGCCCGAAUUCCUAUAGUUGAUGUUGUGGACUCUCAAGAUUUAGUUACCUGUUCUGCUAUUCUUCAGUCCUUUGACUUGGCAACCAUGAAGCCUAAUGAAGUGGAUUUCACUGCAACUGCUACUUUGGAAUUGAAACCAAGUACUUCUGGAACAUGCUGCUGGUGUUAUGGUGUUGUCCUAUGGUUUGAUACUGGAUUUUCAAGCAGAUUCUGCCGAGAAACACCAGCCGUGUUAUCCACAUCCCCUUACAUGCCAAGAACACAUUGGUCACAAACAAUCUUAACCUUUCAAGAACCUAUUGCGAUGGGAUUUGGAAAAGAAAACAGGGGUAAACCAGAAGCAAUUGGCACUGAGGUGUAUCCUGCUGUGAAGAUUGAUUUACGUGUCAGCAUUGUCCGUUCUACUGAGCAUCGCAGCAUUGAUAUAUCCUUAGAAGCUGCUGGUGUUGGUCCUGACAGUCACAAACGCAGUUGGCCUGCUCAGCUUUUUAAUCUGCAGUAGGAUGCAUGACGCCACAACAGCAAAGAUCAUUGUGCAGCAGUUUUUCUUGUUGGCUGCCAGUUAAAAUCAGUUUUGGAAUGCUACAGCUGUAAUUGCUAACAUUUAGGUUCCUUUUUUUGUUCACUGGAAAUAGCUACUGCUUGUUGAAUGCUAGACUCUACGCUGCCCAAUUACAUAGAAAAUGUAAUGUUUCUCCAAUUCAUAUUUAUGUAUGACAAAACUUACGUGCAGUACUGUUUUCUUAUACUGUUUUCCAAUUAAAAUUGGUUAUUCAUUUCA